UGCCACAUUACAAAUGAGAUUAUGAAAAUUCAGUGUAUUCAGCAAAUGAAAGGAAGCCUGAUCCUUUAAUUCUCUACAAGGGAUUUGUCCUAGAUAACUUAACUGUUCCAUGUUUAUGGGUCUACAGGUUUAGAUAUUUUAAUCUAAUUUUUCUAUCCAUCAUAUGGUUUGAUGAUAAGAUCAAGUCACUAUUUUCAGCAGAAGUGAGAUCUUAGUCCUUGGAAAUUAACAGUGUCCAUCACUGCACAGUGGUGCACCAGUCACCUUAAGUACUGUCCCUCUAUUUCCUUGUGUGAGACUGCACACUGAAUGAGUAGGCAGUCUUCUUCCUUCCAAUAAUAAUAGUUUGGCGGGGUCCUCUGUGGUACAUAAUACAAUCUUUCCACAUCAUGGGACCUUUUUCCUCAAGUCUUGGCGUGCUAGCAAUCAGAAAUGGGGAAAUAAAAGGCCUUUGCAUCUAACUUUAUUUCUAUCUGGCUUGUGUUUGAUAAUACCUCUAAUGACAUGGCACCAUAUUGGUUUUCAUUUAUUUCAGUUAUCUUCUUACACUAAUUUCAUGACAGAAGUUAUGAAUUUGAUGUAUCUUGAGCUCUGCCUGUCCCUUCCUGAACAUUGCAUGGUUUUCAGCCACAUCACCAUCUUAUGCAUAAGUGACAGUACAUGCUGUACCCCUGCAGCUCUGCAAAUGCUGUCAUGAUUUCGGCAUAGUAUGUUAUACCAGGGUAAAGUCAUAUAAAUGAACAUUUUCAGUAGCAAAUAUGCUACUGCUAAUUUAGUUGCUUAUGGAGAAAUCAGAAUAAACAGUCUUACAAUUCACACCUUCCGCUUGUGUGUGAAUAUAUAUCAGACAUUCUGGCAAACUGAAGAUGUGAAAUACAUUAAUUUUGUAGCAUCUAAACAGAAAAAUACUUCUGUACAUGUAACAUGUAUGAUAGACAACAUCCACAAAAUCUGAUUCGUGGAGACCAAAGGUGCGUAAGGGGUUUUAAUAUAGGCUUUCUAUCAAAUGACUUUGAUAUGUCACCCACAUCAGUAUUGAAUAAAUUUUAUUUUUUACAGAUAGCCAUGUAAAUAUUAGCAUGAAAAAUAUGGGACUUGUCUAUUUCUCUUUGAAAAAAGAAUGAGGCAGACAAAAUGUUAAACAUUUUAGCAAUAAUGCAAUAAACAUUUGAGCAAUAAUGCAAUAUUACGAUUGCCCACAUUAACUGAAGGAAAAUAUUGCAGAGGCUUCUAAAGCCAUUUAGGAAAUUAUAUAAUAUAACUGCGACCAGAAAAUGUCCUGAAAGUUCAGCCAGUCCAGCUCUCAUCUCCGACAGAGGAUCAGCUUACCUCAAUAUCCCUGGAAGCAUUGCAACUUGUUUUUUGAUUUAACUUUUAGUCAAGGAUGGAUUAAGAUAGCCUGAGAAAUGAACAUCAGAACAUACAUCCAGAAAAUCAAGAGCUAGUGCGAGCUCUUCGUCAGCAGCUUCAAACCGAUCAGAACUCAGUAGACUUUAUAUAACACAGCAUCUCCAACACUUUGUGUUCUCCUGCUGUUCCAGCAGGAUGCUUCUGCUGGUGAUCGGCAUCGCUUCUAUACAGAUAUGUCGUGUCCAGUCUGUUUGCAACAGGCUACGUUUCCUAUAGAAACAAACUGUGGACAUCUCUUCUGUGGUUCCUGCAUUAUUGCCUACUGGAGGUAUGGCUCAUGGCUGGGUGCCAUCCGCUGUCCGAUCUGCAGGCAGACGGUAACACUAUUCUUACCACUCUUUAGUGAAGAUCAGCAGGGUGCAGCCCAAGUGUUUCAAGAUGUUAAUGAUUACAAUCGAAGAUUUUCAGGACAGCCCAGAUCGAUUAUGGAAAGAAUUAUGGAUCUCCCCACUUUAUUGCGACAUGCUUUCAGGGAGAUGUUUUCUGUAGGGGGCCUCUUCUGGAUGUUUCGCAUCAGGAUAUUCCUCUGCUUGAUUGGAGCCUUGCUGUACCUGGCUUCACCUCUGGAUUUUCUUCCUGAAGCUCUGUUUGGAAUUCUGGGAUUCUUGGAUGAUUUCUUUGUAAUUUUUCUGCUGCUGAUAUAUAUCUCUAUCAUGUACAGAGAAGUGGUAACACAGCGUCUAAAUAGAUGAAAUGGACAAAAGUGACCUGAGAGCCAAGUCAGUUGUGGAAUGUUUUAAAAAGGAAACUAUAACAUAAGUAUGAUAUAGCAAGGUGCCUGUGUAUGAUUUCAGUAGUAACAAUUUCUUAGCUGGUUAUGUUAUACAAACAUAAAAGGUUAGUAUAUCGUGAUGCUUAACUGGAAUCUUUAUUUUUGUGCAUUACAUAUGCUUCAUAAAGAUGAGGUUAGUUUUAUAAUGUUGUAAUAAACCACCUUCAUCUACUUCCACCUGAUGAACAACUGUGUGUAAUGAAAGCAGGAGACACUUUCUUUGGUGUGUUGUGGUUUGUGAAAAAGGAGUUCUAGUAAAGUACUUCAGACAAUAAGCCCUUUGCGUAAUCUAGAUGUGUAAGAAAAUUCAGAAAUUCUUCGCAGUACAGCUGUCAUGGUUAAAUUGUUUGAUGUCUCCCUGUUGUGGACUAGAGUUUUUUGAAAUAAAAAUUCCUUUUUUUGUCUCUGUGGAAGAAGAAACCCAAGGACCACAUUACAAUUAUCACCCUGCAGUUUGCUGUUGUCCACAUGCUUCAGAAAAAUAGGGAUAAUACCUUGGUAUUGCUUGAACUGCACUAUGUACAGUUGCAUGCAGUUUGUACCAUUUUAUUUUUAUAUUUGGGAAUAUAUACACGGUAUCUGCUCUACACUGAGAAACCAGUAUUAUGCACAUCACACUCGUUAGUGCUCUGUUUUUUUUAAGUGAGAGCAUGGCUUUCCUCUUCAGACUUUUUUAUUUGGUAAGUAUAUAUCUUAGAAGCAGAGGUUUUGUGCUGCUUUGGGUCAAUGCAAUAUGUCUGAAAUGCAACUUUGCAUUUCUGUAUAUGCAUUAAAACAUUCGGCCAAUUGGAGAGGACACUCAAAUUCCAAACAGUGGUUGAAAAAAAAGAAGUCAGAACUGGAUGUUUACAGUACGUGUACAUGUACUUGUAUGUGUGCAGUGUAAAUGUUUACCCAAAUCUACAUUCUGCAAUAUAUGUGUACUAAACAACAUUGGGGUGAUUUUCAGCUGGAGUUUUCAUGUUUGGUUGGUUGUUUGAUUUGGAUGUCAAUAGAAGAGGUUCUGAAUUACCUUGAAAAAUAGUCUGUGAUAAAGGACCAUAAAAAAUUUUUGAAAGUGUUUUCAAAAAUACCAGGGUAUUAAUUAUCCUUAAAGCUGAUUUUUUUUUUCAUGUUGAAUUUGAGCAUAGGUUAUCAUAGCUGUACAAGUAAUUUGAAAAUGCUUUCAUUUUGAGCAAUGAUUGUGACUAUAAAGGUCCAGGAUAUGACAGAUUAUUGUAUUUUUUAGCUAGAGGAAUUGCAAUUUAACUUCCUGAGUACUUGAAAGACAGUGAAUUAAUAGGUGAUUCUUUGUGUGUUUACAUAUAUAGGUGAGAUUAAAAUGAAAGGGACCUUUUCACCGCCUCUGUGUUUUCCCCUUGCAGGUAUCUUUCCACAGCUUCUAGCACUUAGGCAUGUGCAGGAAGAUGAUAGAGCUGAAACCUCAGGUGUCAGUCAUUGAGGGUGUAGAUUGUCCUUCAGUGUCAGUGUUCUAAAUUCACCGAUUCUUCAUUUGAAAACUUAGUUUUGGAAAUCCAAGGACAUUUUACAAAUGAACUGGAAAGCUAAACUAUUCUUUGUUGCUGUUUGUUAGAGAUGGGCAAGAAGAGAAAAGGGAAGUGAAGUUUGGAGGAAAAGAGCGAGAGAGAAAAUUACAUUUUGGGAAGCAAAUGCUAGCUAACUUUUCUUGAGCAUCUUGAUUGAGCUUUUCACCUUGUGUUGGCAUUGCUAAUGUAUGGUGAUGUUUUAGUGGCUACCUCAGUUAAAACUCUUUAAGGUGUUAUGGAGUAAGGGUGAGAUAUUCAUAAGCUGUUAGGUGCAUUUACAAAGCAAGAUAAUAGUUUAGGAUAUUAUGUAAGACAGGAUUUCACAGUUUUGCUGUAAGUAUUGGUUUUGGGUUGGGGGUUUUCUUUCUUAAGAAAUCUAGCUGAAAACAAACCCUAAAAAUUCCUUUUUUGAUUGAGUAAAUUUAACACCCUCUUUUCUCCUGGAGUUUAAGUUGUAGGUCUGCUUAGAGAAGAGUGUGAACUGCUCUUGUAGAGUAAUUAGAGUUUGUUCAUGGAAUUUGUUGAUCUAGUAAUUCAUCCAUACUUUUACCCUAUGAUUGUAAUUUUCCCAUGACUUUCUAAAUCCAGAGUGGAUAUAGAUGCACAUGAAGCUGCUUACCAAUUGGUUUUCCUUGAAUUUCCCAAUUCCAUGCACUACUGUGAAGUUCAUGUGGAAAUUCCCUAUCCUAUCUAAGGGCAUCCUGUGUAUCUGAAAUCAUACGCAAACCACAUCUGAAAGACUAUAUGAAGUUUCCCCAUGUUCUUUUUCUUCCGUACGUUUCUGAUAGCCAGAAGGGUUUCACUCAGAGGCUUCUGCUUACUUUUGAGUAUUGAGUAACAUUGUAAUCUUAAAUUCAGCUCAUUAAAUGCUUGACAGAAUUAGAACUGUUCUUUUCAGCGAUACGCGUGCUUGCCUGUGGAUAUUCUUUUUUGGCCCUGCAAGCCAGUGAUAAACAGUAUUAUGACUUCUUCAGGCUGUUUAGUGUAAUACAAAGAUGCAUCUGUCCUGCAAUGUCUGGCCGCUGCUCCUUUCCACAAAUCUGAAAUAGCUAUGUUAGCUUUCUUGGGUGCUUAGCUUGAGUUUAACCUAAGCUCUAGAACUCCCAAGAAGCUGGAGAUUAAAAUAUGAGCAUGUAGUAUUUCUGAACUGUGUGCUGCCAAAUUGUUCUGGCAGCAGUGUGAAAAGUAAGGGUUUGGGCUGAACACUGGCCUCAGAAUGUGAAGGAAAUAUGUGAUUCUGUGUGCAGAAUGACUGCAAACAUCGCUGUGGUUUUGUCUCCUGAGGUGGGGCAGGUGUGUCACUAAGGGGGAAAAUUUAAAAAAGGAAAUCUAUAGCAGGAAGAUGUAUGGGGAUAAAACACAGUUCUUAAAAGAUCACAUGGGCACCAAAAGCUGUGUGAAAUAUUUGAUUGUUCUAGCAAUAUUAACAAAGAGGAAAACAAAAAUUAUACUUAAUAGCUCUUACAAAAUAACUUGUAGCAUCUUGAGGCCUAAUGAUCAUCGCUGUGUAGAGCGAUCCAUUUCUGUGCUAUUUGUGUGCCACACCGUUGAUGUCUGUGAGGAUCAGGCACAUCAGUGUGGUUUGGGGAUACAAUUUUGCCAUAAGUUUCAUAGAACUAUAGCAGUAUGUUACACUAGAUUUUUAAGACAGAAGAAUUUAAAACUACUUAUUGUUACUUUUAAUGAUAAUAAAUUGCUGUUAAAGAGA